AUGGGAUCUCAGAAGCUACAUCACUAUUCUGGCAAUGCCAUUGUCAGAUUUCACAGUUUAACACAACCUUUUCGCUUGCUCAUGCAAAAGAUGCAAGCAUGGGAAGCCCAGCUUUUUGUUGAAAAGUUUGAAGGUGCUCUUGGAAAAGGAAAAGGAAAAAAGUUCUAUGCAUACAAAGUGAUGAUGAUGAAGAAAUGGAUGAAAUUUCAGAGAGAUUUUGAGAAUUUUAAGACAGCCUGCAUACCCUGGGAAAUGAAAAUUAAGGAAAUUGAAAGUCACUUUGGCUCAUCAGUAGCAUCUUAUUUCAUAUUCUUGCGCUGGAUGUAUGGAAUAAACAUGAUUCUCUUUGGACUGACCUUUGGACUCGUAAUGGUGCCUGAGGCUUUGAUGGGGAAACCAUAUGGCUCUUUACCUAGAAAAACUGUCCCAAGAGCUGAAGAAGCAAGUGCUAUGAACUUUGCUACUCUCUGGGAUUUUAGUGGCUUUGCACAAUAUUCUGUACUCUUUUAUGGGUAUUACAAUAACCAGAGGACAAUUGGAUGGCUCAAGUUCAGGAUGCCUCUUUCUUAUUUCCUUGUUGGAGUUGGGACUAUUGGAUACAGCUUUAUGAUUGUCAUUCGAACAAUGGCAAGGAAUGCAAAUGAAGAAGGUGGUGGGGAUGAUACUAGUUUUAAUUUCAGCUGGAAAAUGUUCACAAGCUGGGACUACCUGAUUGGCAAUCCUGAGACAGCAGAUAAUAAGUUUGCCUCUAUCACAACAAGCUUUAAGGAAGCAAUCGUGGAGGAGCAGGAGAGCCGAAAAGAGGAAAAUAUUCACUUGACUCGAUUCCUGAGGGUUCUUGCUAACUUCUUAGCCCUAUGCACCCUGGCUGGGAGUGGCUACCUCAUCUUUUUUGUUGUCAGAAGAUCCCAGAAAUUUGCCCUGGAAGGUCUGGAGAACUACGGGUGGUGGGAAAGAAAUGAAGUGAACAUGGUUAUGUCACUUUUAGGAAUGUUCUGUCCAACUUUAUUUGAUGUAAUCAGUUCUCUGGAAAACUACCACCCUCGAAUAGCUCUAAGAUGGCAGCUGGGACGAAUCUUUGCUCUUUUUCUUGGCAAUCUCUACACUUUCAUUAUUGCUCUAAUGGAUGAAAUCAAUCUCAAGUUGGAAGAAGAAAAGAUAGUCAAGUAUAACAUGUCAAUAUGGGAAGCGAGUCUAUACAAUGGCACUAUUCCAGAAAAUUCAACUGCUCCUCCAAUACAGGUGGACCCUGCAGAUGUUCCCAGAGGGCCGUGCUGGGAAACAAUGGUAGGACAGGAAUUUGUGCGGCUGACAGUCUCUGACACGAUGACAACAUAUAUCACAAUUCUAAUUGGUGAUUUCUUGAGAGCUGUCUUCGUUAGGUUUUUCAAUUACUGCUGGUGCUGGGAUUUGGAGUAUGGAUUUCCAUCAUAUUCUGAGUUCGAUAUAAGUGGAAAUGUGCUGGGACUAAUCUUUAAUCAAGGCAUGAUCUGGAUGGGAUCUUUUUAUGCUCCAUGUCUCCCAGCAAUCAAUGUGUUCCGCCUCCACACUUCAAUGUACCUGCAGUGCUGGGCAGUGAUGUGCUGCAACGUCCCGCAGGAGAGGGUCUUUAAGGCUUCCAGAUCCAAUAACUUCUACAUGGCCAUGCUACUUUUCAUCCUCUUUCUCUCCACACUGCCUGCGGUGUACACCAUUGUCUCCAUCCCACCAUCUUUUGACUGUGGUCCUUUCAGUGGGAAGACUAGAAUGUUUGAAGUCAUAUCAGAAACUCUGGAGCAUGAUUUCCCUUCCUGGUUUGGGAAGGUAUUUGGUUAUGCCUCUAACCCUGGACUCAUCCUACCUUUUAUAUUGCUGAUGGUCCUCAGUAUUUAUUAUCUCAAUGCUACAUCGAAAUCCUACAAGGAAGCUAACUUGGAACUUAAAAAGAAGCUACAAAGUGUAAGGAAUAGAGAAUGA